GCGCCGCGACGCUGCGUCAGGCGGGCUGGGCGCCGGGGGGAGCGCGCGGCCGGCCGGCAGCAGCGCCCCCCUCUGGGCGCCCCCCUCCCCGCCACCGGCCAGCCGCGGGAAGAUGAGUGCCGGCCCCCAGGAAGCCCUGAUCUCCGUGUUCCUGCAGUUCGUGGAGGAUCGGGGCCGCUGGGCCUACCGGGCCCUCAGCCAGACGCCCCACCCCAGGGAGCAGCUCCACAACGAGAUGAACCUGCUGUACCGCAAGAGUAAGGUGGAGUGGAAGCAGAGCAAGGACGAGGAGCCCAAGAAGGGUUCAGCCAAGGAGCCUGGCGUGGGGAAGGUGCGGGACGUGGCUUCCUUCCGCCGCCACUUCAGGAUGGGGUUCAUGACCAUGCCCGCCUCGCAGGAACACGCUCCGCACCCCUGUGCCAGCAGCAUGGCCCCCCGCUCUCUCUCCUGCCAUUCUGUGGGCAGCGUGGACAGCAGUUCGGGAGACAGGGCUGCCGGAUCUCGCAAGCCCCCUGCCAAGCCCAAGCGAAACCCCAGCACCAAGCUGAGUGCAGAGGCCAGGACCGCCUUGGAGCCCACGGGGAGCAAGAAAGGAGGUUCCCAAAAGUCCAGUUCAGAAGGUCGGGAACUGGGCUGCAAGGUGCCCCCCCAGAAGCCCAAGCGCAGCCCCAACACCCACUUGUCUGUCUCGUUCGACGAGGCAUAUUCGGGCAGGCUGCCCGGCCCCCCUCUGGGCGGGGCGAUGCAGCGCUACGGCCGCACCUUCUCUCACACUCAAGCUAAGGGUUCUGACGCUGAGGAGGACGAGCCGGUCUACAUCGAGAUGGUGGGAGACAUUUUCCGAGGGCCCGGGCCCCCUUCUCAGGCACCGGCCACGGCGGACGAGGACUCUGACGAGAGCGAAGCCAUUUACGAAGAGAUGAAGUAUCCACUCCCGGAAGAAGGGGGCGAGUGCCGGCCCAACGGGGCACUGGCCUCCCCACGCCACUAUCCGGCCAAACGGGAGGCUGCCAAGGGGGUGCCUAGCACCAAAACCUCCCCAUGUGAGAUCCCACCACCGUUCCCCAACCUCUUGCAGCACCGCCCCCCUCUGCUGGCCUUUCCGCAGGGCAAGAAGGGCUACAAAGGCCCCAGCCAGGAGGGCUCCAAGCUGCCGGUCCCGUGCCACGCCAAGGACGCCCCGCCUGCCCCAGCGACACCCCAAGUUUCCAGCCAUCAGCUGAGGGCAGGGGACGCCGCAGCCUUGGGCCCUUCGGGCCGUGCCCGCAGCCACUCCACCCCGCUGCCUCCCCAGCCCACUGGCCAGAGCAAAGCCGAAAAGGAGCUCCCCAAUUCCCACAGCAUGAUUUGUCCCGCCGCCAAGCAGGCUCCCGUGCAGGCAGCCUCCACCCCUUCCAUGCUCCCGGUCAAGGAGAAGCCUGCUGUUUCUUACACCAUGGUCUACUCCGCUGUCAAAGUCACCACCCACACGGCCCCAAUGGAGCAGAAGGCCGAGAAGGAGAUUUCGGUCCUGCAUGGCCUGUUGUGUGCCCGCCCGUCCACAGUGCCCACCUGCAGGCAGGCCCAGAGGGCGUGCACGGUGCCUGAGCCACCGCCCCUGGGCAUGGUCUGGACUUACCCUGCCCCCUGUGCGGGGCUGAAGCGCCCACCAGCAUAUGAGAGCAUCAAGAACGUGGCCGCCAAAGCACCCUCCGCGGUCAAGAUCCCGCUCCAGGACCGGGUAUUCACCAGAGUUGCCUGCUCCCACCUCUUGCCUAGUGAAGAGUGUGCCCGCCCAGCGGGGGAGGAGGAGGAAGCAUUCGGGUGGGUGCUGCAGAGAAGAAUGGGCUACGUGAACCGGAAGGCAAAAGAACCGGAAAAGGCCCCCGAUGGCCCCAAGGCCUGGGACGAGAGUGACAGCGCUCCCCCCAGGAUGGAGAAGGAAGAGAAGGCCGGGCCCGGCCUGACACAGUCCAGCAUCCCUGUCCGCACACCAGGGCUCGAGGGCCUUACUGCCAAGAUGCCCGGGGGACGGACUAACCUGCCUGUUCCCUGCCAGACCUUUCCCGCCUGUCACCGGAACGGAGAUUUCACAGGUGGUUACCUCCUGGGCCGCUCCGCAUCCACCUCUGGCGUUCGACACGCUGUGGUUCACACACAGAGGCCGUGUAGCCAUCCCCGGGACCCAGCCAGCCUGGCCCUGCACCAAGCGCCGCUGCCGUCCCCUGGGCCCCUCCAGGGCACCCGUGAGCGGGACGGCAAACUCCUGGAGGUGAUUGAGCGCAAGCGGUGCGUGUGCAAGGAGAUCAAGGCGCGACACCGCCCUGAGCGCACCCUGUGCAAGCAGGAGAGCAUGCCAAUCCUGCCCAGCUGGCGGAGGAACACGGAGAACCGCAAGUCCGGGACCCCUCCCUGCCGCCGCCAGCAGACUGUGCUGUGGGACACGGCCAUAUGAUGGCGCGGGGCUGAGCCCUGAGGAACCGGUGCCUUGUGCCAGCCGAGCCGGACACGGCGCAGGGCUAACUGCUGGCAGCGUGGUGCCCUGGCCGUGGGCCCCUGGCCUGGGACUCGCCAGAGACCGUGGGCUGCUCGGGUGCUGCCCC